AUGAAAGUUAGCGAGCUCGUGUCCACUUGUCCUGAUCUCGACAACGCGCAACCUGGUCUCACGGUCAGUACCACACCACCGGCAGACGAAUCGGCGGGUCACCGUGACCGUCACGUGCUUCGGUCCGAAGCUCGAAAGCGGUCAGAGUCUGUCAUGACUGAAGGCUCGAGCACUGCGAGUCCCAUGCUCGAGCCAAAGACGACGCCGCGCCUCACAGAUAAGCAGGCCAUUCGACGUGAGCAAUGUCGAGCGAACCAAGCGCGGUACCGGAAUAAGCAGCUAAACCGAAGACGCGAGCUCCAACGACAAAUCCAGCGACUGGAAGAGGACAUUCAAGGGCUAAAAGUGAAGCGGCGAAGCAUCCGGUUCGAAAGGAGGACCAACCAAAAUCCAUGGACCAUUAUUGGCGAAGUUUUCCGUCUUUUAGACGACGGCUUUCGGUCCCCCUGGCGAUUGGCGAAUAUGGAGGAGAUGAUGAAGCAUGCUGAGACGCGGCGAAGCCUUGAGUUCCUCCAGAAGUCGUUCGUACACGACGUGGCUAUGGGCGAACUCCGAGGGAUCAAUGCGCUCAUGGACCAGUGGAGACGCUACUCGUUGUACCUUGAAGAGCCUCAUCUUGAGCUCAAGCGGGUUGAGGCUCUGACCAGUGGCGUCGUGACUGCCGUUGCUACUCUCAGUGCGACUGUUACUGAGUUUACGGUGCGAUGUGUCUUUCCUCAUCUUAAAAUCCCUAAAGGAGGGAGAGGAAAGGUGUCGGUACUGGACAAAAAGCUAACUGGCCAGCGUCUUGACUGCAAUUGUACCAUCACUUUCCUCUUCGAUGAACACAGUGGCCGCAUUAUACGUCUAGAGCCCACUAUUGACGUUGUCUCGCCCAUGCUUCGGCUUUUCGGGAGACUCGUCGACGCCUCAGUCGUAAUAGGGAAAGCUUUACUUACGUCGGAGUGUGCUAUAGGGGACCUGUCUGGGCGGCCACGACGUGCCCGGGACUAA